GUUGCACAGGUGAUCGCAUGGCCGGAUUCCUGAUUAACUUCACACUCAACUGAAAUUUGUUCCGAUUGAUCGAUCUACAGGUCUUCAGGCUUGGAUUACUGACAGGUGCCACCAACGAUAGCCCCAUGGCAGCUCCAGGAGAAUUUGGCGUUCCGCGGGUUCUCAACUCAAAAAACCGCUUGACUCUGUCGCAGAACAUCGGCGACAAAUGGGAGGCCUUGGCGAUAGUAUUGGACUUUUCGGACGCCAAAAUCGAAACAUUUAGAGCGAAUAACCAGCAAAAUCAGGAGGGACAAAUCAGAACCAUGCUGACAGAGUGGGUCCAGAAAAACGCGGGGAAACCGCUGGUUCAGAUGUUGGUGGAAGCAUUUCGAGCGUCAACUGUCAAUCUUAAAACUUUGGCACUUGCUGUUAAGGCAGCUGAUGAGAAUGGUGGAGACAUUGUUCUAUAAAGCAGGAAGGCUAAUCAUGUGGGAGAGACUUCAUUUCAUCAGGUCGCUCUUGACCUCUUUUUCUGAAAUUGAUUGAAAUUAGUUUAUGUAAAUCAGUUUCAUCAUCUGUAUCAUAAAACUUAUUUGCCAACAAAUACUACAGCCUGAGGGUGUUCCCCCCAAAACCUGAACCCUCAAAGCGCCCUCUUUUCACAGCUUUUAAAAAAAAAUACAUCGCAAAUUUCGAUACGUAUUUGGAGAGUGUAGUUCAUCAGCUUCUCGACAACGAAAUGUUUCAGGUAAAUGUUUAGGUACUUUUUUAAUGCUGCAAAAAAGAGGGCACUUUGAGA